AUGGCGGAAAGUAUCACUGUCAGCAACGAGGGUCCCGUUGAGGCUCGCGUGACUGAUGAAACCAACGUGGACAAGCAAGUACAUGAUAUCUCUAUUUCAAACAUUCCGCCUCCUGUUGUCAAAGGAAGUGACUCAAUCUACCUGGAUUCUAGCAUUACCUUCGAAAACUAUGUUUAUUGGGCCAAGCGAUCCCGUGAGGUUGAGAAGACCAUCUCAACUGCUGAUGCAGGAUUUGCGCAUUUGAGUAACAUGAUACGGGGAAGAAAGACUUCGGAAAUUUCGGCGUUAACUCGGGUACAGACUCGAGAACAGAAAGCUACUAUCACAGCCGAGUCGAAUGAGAAGAGUCCAGCUACUCCCGCCCAAGAGGGAAAUAACAACAGUACCCGAGAUGGUUGGGGAAUUGCCGAAACGGAAUGGGAACAGGCACAGCGAGCCUUGCGAACUGCCACCUGGGGCUCGAUCUUUUUCCUCAUUACAGCGGAUAUUCUUGGACCGAGCAACGUCCCAUGGGCAAUCAGCAAGAUGGGCUAUGGGCCAGGCUUUGCUUUGUUUACCGUGUUCGGAGGAUUGAGUUGUUACUCGGGGCUACAAAUGUGGAAGGUCUAUAUGUGUAUGGACUCUACCCGAUUUCCUUUGCGCAACUACGGCGAUGCGGCUUUUCGUGUCUACGGAGCCUGGGCACGUAUUCUUGUGAACCUUUUGCAGGUGUUCCAGCUUCUCCUCAAUGUCGUUCAAAUUAUUGUCAACAACGGACAGGGGCUGGCACAGAUGGCUGUCGGCAAAGAUGGCAAAGGAUAUAUCUGUUUCAUGGGGGCUGAAGCAGUCCUCAUGGGCAUUGGAUUGGUGGCCGCGCAGAUCCGCACUCUCCAGCGUCUUGCUUUUGUGACCGCCGUUGGAAUCGUCUCCAAUUUUAUCAUUGUUGUCAUGACCAUGAUUGUGGUUCAUCAGUACCCACCCAACUAUUCAGCCUCGUUGACUAGCUAUGGGACUGUAGAGGGCCCGGUGGUGACAAGUGCGAACUGGCCUGUGGACGCAAAUCUUCAAGACAAGGUCAAUGGCAUGAUGAACUGCAUUUUUGCGUUUGGUGGUGCCACCAUCUUCUACGAGCUCAUGGCCGAGAUGAGACGGCCAUAUGACUUCUGGAAGGGUUUUAUCAUUUCCGAGAUUUUUAUUUAUUCUUGCUACCUUAUCACUGGCAUGGUUGUUUACAGUGCCCAGGGCCAAUUCACUUUUAACCCUGCCUACCAAGGCAAGUCUCUAGGCAAUUUACUCCGCAAGAAAUUCUCUAAGUUACUGACAUAUUUGUUACAGACUAUGGGCAAUGCCAUCAAUUUGAUUGCCGCUGUCGUUUCUGGGCUACUUUAUGGCAACAUCGGCCUCAAAGUUUUCUAUUCUGCAGAGCUACAUGAUGUCUUUCACCUGCCACCCCUACACCAUCGAAGUGGCAAGUUGGUGUGGGCCAUAAUCGUUCCUAUAUGGUGGGACAUUGCCUGGUUACUUGCCGCUGCGGUCCCGCAGAUUAGCUAUCUGGGCUCCUUCGUCGGUGCAGCUUGCAUCAUGCCAUUCACCUAUACGUUUCCGCCACUGUUAUUGCUCGGAUACAAUGCCCAGAACGACGCAAUGCUUCCAGGGGAAGACUUCAAUCCGCAAACCGGUCAGGUACAGCGCCUAGACCAUGGCUUUAAACGUUUGAUCAGAGGUUUCAAGAGACAAUUUGCAUGGAACUCCUUCUAUGUGAUUUACGCACUUGCUUCCAUAGCCUCUGCCGGUUUGGGAAUUUGGGCUUCGAUUACUGCUAUGCAUAAGCAUUUCGCGGAGGGUCAGUGUCACUGGCUUCACUUGUGUGAACCCAGCUGGUUAGAUCAACAUAGGGCCGUGGCGCUAGGAUCUUUUUCAUGA